AUGCGUUCCGCUCCCUCUCUCUCCCCCUCUGCUAGCUCGGACGUCGCGUUUUGCCGAGCUGACGUCGGUCCCCCGUGGCCGGAUCCCGGCGCGGAUGCGCGGCAGGAAACCGAGACUGCGUCUGUUUCUGGGGCGGCUUCCGCGGACUCCCAGGCCGCCUGUUGGAGGGCGAUGCCAGCAAAAAGUGAAUGGCCCAGCGGUGACGCCCCGGGUCACCGCGCGCCUGCUGGAGCCGAUCCACCGCCGCCAUGCAGCGGGCGCGGAGACACGAGUCUGCCUCCAUCUGCAGACAACGCGGAACACCCGGCGGGCGUCAAGGCUGAAGCCUCUGAGGCCACCGUCGGGCAGUGCGGAGCCCAGCGACCUGGCGGUGAACGCGUCGCGGGAUCAGACGAGAUGGGGGAAGGAACGCCGUCUCGGGACGAAGGGUUGUGCACAGAGAGGCGCUCGAGCCUCCCGGGUUCUGCAGAAGGGAGGAACUGUAGAACUGUCGCCCCCGCCAGAGGUCCAGGCGGCGGGGGCAAGAAGGAGGAGGCAACGGGGUGCGAACCGAGGUUCGAAGCAGCCGGGAGGCAGGCGAAAGACGGGGACGACCGCCCGAACGGCGUGUCUGGAGCGGCAAAACGAUGCAGAGGUGACAGGGACGACUCGGGAAGGGGCGACCGGGAGGCGACAACUGUCGGAGACUGCUGCAGUCUCUGCGGACUGCCUCGAACAGCUGAAGGUGGGCAAGCGCCUUCCAAGGACGCGUCGGGUACCAAUGGGGACAAGCAGCGGGGCCAGGCAGCGAGUGCGGCCGAUGGCGAAGACGACGAGACGUGGGUUUGUGGCGCCUGUCUUCGAUGCGCAGAAGAAGACGCCAAGACAGAAGAGGCUCUGUGGCAAACAGAGCAGGACCGAAGCGGAGAACCGCAUCCACAGCGGCCGGUCGCCAGUGUAGAGACGCCCAAGGAGGAAGCAGCGAAAGGGACCGCGGGGGCGGGGUCUGCGGCUCAGGAUGUGCCCGCCGUUGGAACGGUGCGAACGGGGCCGGGGCAUGCGCCUGGCCGAUCGGCAGGAAGUGGGGAGACAGGCGCGCGAGGAUGUUCCGACGCGGAGCCUGCCGUGUCGGCCGCGAGCGGGACUGGCCCGAAGCGCCGAGACGCUGUGCCGACAGGCAGCGGGGGCAACGCGGCGUGUGGCGGGCGAGACAGGGCGGGGGCCGCUCUGCCUGCAGUGCCGGUUCCGGUGUCUAACCCAGCCAAGUGUUUCGACGAAGGGACGACUCGAAGCACAACGGUUCACAUCGGGCCGAACCACCAAGUUCCGGCUCUGCCCGCGUUUUUCCUCGACAGCAGCUGCUGGCCGCGGCCGCCCAUGGACACAGGCCUGGACCCGAGCCUAACUGCGCGCCUGGUGUAUUCGCCGUCUGCGCUGGAGCGAAUCAAGUUGAGGCGCGAACAAGAAGGGAGACAGGAUCGGGCCAUCAGCUCCGACGCCGACAUGACGGCCUUCGUGAAGGCCUGCUCGCAGAACUGGAAGACGCGGCCGGGGUGGCAGCCCUUCAGCCCGGAGUUCGCGUACAAGAUUCUCCACUACGCGGGGUACGAUCCAGUGCGUGCGUUGCAGGUCAUGAACGAUCCUCAGUUCAGCUUCCGAGACGUGUGUGAUCCCCCGCUGCGCAAAUACGACAACAAGUGGAAACCGAAAGACCGGCGAGGCCUGAUCGCAGCAACGCCGUAUCCGCCUCCCAUAUCCGCCAGAGGCUCGUUGGCCCGGAGGCACCACCGGGAGGUUUCCGGGUACUCGCUACGCUAA